UGUUGAUGGCAUUUUGCAACAAACCUACAUUCACAGUAACACGAACGGAAUAAUUAUUGCAGUAUUUGCAGAGUCCCUGUCUAUAUUUUUUGUUUGUGGAUAGGUAAAUUCACCUUAAAAUUGACAUUUAACAGUUUAAUGACAGCCCUGAUAGAAGUUGUGUGGAUUGUGCAGUUAACCAUGAAGUAGUUUUUUGACAUAUGUCAUUGUCAUCAAAAUGUCACACGUGAAACCCAAACCUUCGAUAAGUUUAUUCAAACAACUUUGGAACGACUGGCCAGAACUGGUUGGCUCCCACUUUAUGGGGACCUUAGGCCUAUUGCUUUGUGGUGGAUCACUUUUGCUGUACUACAAAAAAGAUGGCGAUUUUAGAAAACACAAAUUGGAGUACACUGUGAUAAGGGAUGACGAUUGUAUGGCAGAUAAAUACAAGAAAAUUUACAAGGAGUUGGAUAAGGCUUAUUAUAAAAAAAUUGGUGUCGAAAUGCCAGAUGAUUGUAAAGAAUAGGUUUAUAUUUUGUUUUUUUAUUUAACCUUACUUAGAUUUCCUCAUGGCCCAAGCAAAAACUAAGUUUGUUUUUGGCUAACCUUUCUUAGUAAUCUAGUAAAUUACAAAAAACAACUACUAAACUAGAUUUUAUUCAAAUUUGCUAGUUUCUCAUAAAUAUGUAGACAUUAAUAAA